AUGAAGGCCCAAACAGCAUUGACCGGCCUGGUGUCGGUCGCCGCCCUUCUCCCUGAAGUCUCGGCCAGUGUCGUGGUUAUUCGCGACCCUUCUGUUGAGCAAGCCGCUGCAGAGGCCCUCGCUGUACCGCUGGCCGCACUCAAGCGUGCAGCUCCUGAAGCUCCUAACGGAUAUGUCCCUACAGCUGUCGACUGCCCUUCGGAUCGUCCUACUAUUCGCGAAGCCACCACGAUUUCCAACAACGAGACAGAAUGGCUCUACGUACGAAGGAACAACACCGUUUCCGCCAUGAGAGAUCUGCUCGGUCGCUUGAACAUUACCGGGCUCGACACAAAUUCCUACAUUGACAGCGCGGCAAACAAUGUCAGCGCUCUCCCCAACAUUGCUAUUGCUGGAUCAGGCGGUGGUUACCGUGCCCUGAUGAACUAUGCUGGUGCUGUGGCAGCCUUCGAUAACCGCACUUCCAACUCUACUGGAGCAGGUCAACUCGGUGGCCUCCUGCAGUCUUCCACCUAUCUUGCUGGUCUCUCGGGUGGUUCUUGGUUGGUGGGAAGUUUGUUCAUGAAUAACUUCUCCUCAGUCGAGAACAUCUUGACUCAAGACACAUCCGACAGCAACAGUGGAGGCACAUGGCAAUUUGGAAACUCGAUCCUUGAGGGUCCCGCAAGCAGCCAUCUUCAGAUUCUGAGCACGGCCGACUAUCUUAAAGACAUCUACGACACUGUUCAGGAUAAGAACGAUGCUGGGUACGAGACCACCAUUACCGAUUACUGGGGUCGCGCCCUGUCAUACCAGUUGAUUAACUCCAGCAUGGGAGGCCCUGCUUACACCUUCUCAUCUAUCGCCGACUCUGACCAGUUCAGGGCUGGUAACACUCCCAUGCCUAUCUUUGUCGCUGAUGGCCGUGCCAGAGGCCAGCUCGUCAUUGACGGUAACGCUACUGUUUACGAGAUGAACCCUUGGGAGCUUGGUUCAUUCGACCCUACUACCUAUGCAUUCGCUCCCAUGCGCUAUCUCGGAUCAAACUUCUCCGAUGGUACGGUUGUACAGGGAGACAAGCAGUGUGUCCGCGGAUUCGACAAUGCUGGUUACAUCAUGGGAACCUCCAGUUCCUUGUUCAACCAGGCUUUCUUGCAAAUCAACGGCUCUACUGGUCUGAUCAAUAAGGCUCUUACUGCCGUACUGGCCAACAUCGGUCAGGACAAUGACGACAUUGCCAACUACCCUAACCCCUUCUUCGGUGUUAACAACGCGACCAGCCGUGUCGCCAACACUGAUCAGCUCACUCUUGUCGACGGUGGUGAGGAUUUGCAAAACAUCCCUCUCCACCCUCUCAUCCAGCCCGUGAGAAAUGUCGAUGUCAUUUUUGCCAUCGAUUCGUCUGCCGACACCACUGCUGAUAACGGCGGCGCCAACUGGCCCAACGGCACUGCUCUUGUUGCUACCUAUCAACGUAGCUUCUUGCCCAUCGCCAACGGCACCUCUUUCCCUUCCAUCCCCGACCAGCAGACCUUUGUCAACCUUGGCCUGAACAACCGUCCUACCUUCUUCGGCUGCGACGCUAGCAACACCACCCACAUGACUCCUUUGAUCGUAUACCUUCCCAAUGCCCCCUACGUCUACCACAGCAACGUUAGUACCUACGACCUGCAGUACAACGACACUGAGCGCAACUACAUUAUCGAAAACGGCUACAAUGUCGCUACCCUGGGCAACGGCACCCUCGAUAGCGAAUGGCCCACCUGUGUCGGCUGCGCCAUCCUCAGCCGCUCCCUCGGCCGCACAAACACCGAGGUCCCUGAUGUUUGCAACCAGUGUUUCCAGCGCUACUGCUGGGACGGCACCCGCAACUCGACUCUCAACACCACCUACGAGCCGCCAUACAAGCUUGCCAAGAACGACGUGCUCGGCUUCUCGAGCAGUGGCUUCAAAGGCGCUGUGCCUUCAUUGGCUUUUGCCGUGUCCGCUGUUGCUGCUGUCUUGAUGAUCAUGUAG